GAAAGGAAAAAAAAGGAAGAAUCCCAGACUCUAACUUGCUUUUAUCUCAAGUCGUGUUCAGUCGGUCCAGCGAAGUUUAAUAUGUGCAGACCAGGUCAACGGAACCCAGCUGUUACCUUAUCAACCGCACCGGACAGGAGGCCGAGCCCAAAAUUCGUCACAGUUACCUCGGCAUCUCUCCAGCUAGAUAUCUCUACUAGGGUAGGACCUGUUUGGCCCAACACCAACGGGAGUGCUUACGACAUUCUAUAUCACCAACUUCGCGCUCAAACAUCUGGAUGUCGGAUUGGUUCCUGGUGUUGAAGAAGAAUCAAUACCUACUCCAGCCCGAAACAGCAGAUGUGCUCUGACGAGUGACAACCAAUCGGAUCACCACCGUCCCAGACAGACAGACAGCCAGAAACCAAAGCCAGCCCGAGCGCGGAACUGAAGCUGAAGCGCUGCAGGCCAGGUGUCCCGCGCAGUCAGCCCAGUGUUUCAGGACACACCAUUGGCUAAACCUUGAACGGCCCUACGGCGGCAGUGGUAUGGUACAUAGCGUACUACCAUGUCCGCCGACUUCUGGGCCGGAUACGUCUCCGGCGCCAUAGGCAUCGUCAUCGGCAACCCGCUUGACAUUCUCAAGGUCCGCCUCCAAGCCGGCGGCGGCUCUUCCUCGUCGUCGUCUUCCUCCUCUUCUUCCCUACUACCCACCCCAAUCCCAAACUCAACCCCGUCACCACCACCAUCAGCAGCAGCAGCAGCAGCAGCAGCAGCAGCAGCACCGCCAACCACCUCAGGCACACCAUCAACAACCUCGUGGAUCCGGCCCUUCCUCAGGGGCACUGCUGCCCCGGUCCUCGGCUACGGCGCCCUCAACGCCCUCUUAUUCGUCUCCUACAACAGAACCGAAUCAGCCAUCAACCACUUUGUUUUCGGAAUCGACCCCUCUCUACCUUUACAAACGGGCGUCAACCUCUGGAGUACCUGGAUCGCGGGCGCCGUAGGCGGGUUGGCUACGUGGGUGGUGAGCACGCCUACCGAGUUGAUCAAGUGUCGGGUUCAACUUGCAGCAGAGGAGCAGCAGCAGCAGCAGCAGCAGCAGGGGCAGCAAGGAUCGAGGAGGGGGACAAUCCAAGGUAGUAGUAGUAGUAGUAGUAGGAGGAGGAGGAGGGGGGGAAUAGGGAUUGUAGGAACAGAGAAAAAAGGGUCAUCAUCAUCAUCAUGGCAAGUCACCAAACACGUCCUCCGCACCCAAGGAAUCAAAGGCCUUUACUUUGGCGGGGCGGUGACGGCGCUGAGGGAUAGUAUCGGGUACGGUUUCUAUUUUUGGAGUUAUGAGUUGAGUUCGAGAUGGAUGGUGGCUGCUGCUGCUGCUUCCUCUUCCUCUUCCUCUUCUUCUUCUUCUUCUCAGGCCGGAGGUAUCUUGACCUCCGAAGCAACCCGCGUCCUUCUCUGCGGUGGACUGGCGGGAAUCAUCACUUGGGCGAGCAUUUUCCCCCUGGACGUGAUCAAGACACGGGUGCAGACCCAGGGGAUCCUUCCACUUCCACUUGCUUCGGGUUCGGGUGUUAUCGAAACCCAAGGGGAGCAAACUGCACUCUUGGACAGGACGGCGAGCCAGCGGAAGCAAAGGCCAUUGGGAGCUUGGGAAGUCGCCAAGUUGACCUACAGAGAGGGCGGGGUCAAGCCGUUCUUUAGGGGGUUGGCGGUCUGUAGUGUCAGGGCUUUCAUCGUCAAUGCUGUGCAGUGGGCAAUGUAUGAGUGGAUCAUGACGGAACUUGGGCAGGGCAGGAGGGCGAAGGCAUCGGGCACCGGCGGUGUCGAAGCGGAAACUUUGGGAGGCGGCGAGCUUGCUGGGAUGGGUGCUGCUUGAGGCGCCGCCAUAGAUCAGAUGGAAAUGUCAUUUUCCCUUCAGCCACGCAGCCGGAACGUUCCUACCAAGCAUGUGCAGUCAAACAGUAGGCAAAAUAUCUGAGGGGAUCAAAGAGUGUCCAGAAAAGAACUUGAUUUUACAGGAUGACACAUUGACU